GCAGUGACGAAGCCGCUUAAUUCUGUUAUUGUGGGAUGUAGGGAGUCAUUACGUGUGGCAGUGAUAGUUUAUUUUUAAACAACUUCAAUUUAAUUUACGGACUUUGUGUGCAAUAAGUUUAUGAAUUUUAGUUUUUUUUGGGCGGUUCCACUGAGAAGCUUACGUAUUUCGUAGUUUCAAGGGAAACAGUUUUGUAAUAUACUUUAUCUACUUAAAUCAUGUCUGGAGAACCUGAAGUGACUCGCACUCCUGAGGAGGAGGAAGAAGAAGAAAUCAAGUCCUCAUACAAACCUCCUCCAGAAAAGACGAUUGAUGAGAUCUUGGCCGCUGACCAGGAGGAUGAGUCUUUAAGGAAGUACAAGGAGGCACUCCUUGGUGAAGCUCAAGCUGGUGCUGUUAUUGUUGAUCCAAAUGAUCCUCGCAGAGUGAUCGUUAAGAAACUGGCGCUGUGCGUCACCGGACGAGAUGACGUCGAGCUGGACCUCUCAGGAGACUUGACAGAUCUUAAAAAACAGGUGUUCGUGAUAAAAGAGGGCGUGCAGUACAGGAUAAGGAUUGACUUCAUCGUGCAGAGGGAAAUCGUGCACGGGCUCAAAUAUGUGCAGAAGACUUACCGGCUGGGAGUACCAGUGGACAAAAUGACCCACAUGGUCGGCUCGUACCCGCCCAAAACUGAGAUCCAGUCGUACACAACUCCCCCAGAAGACGCGCCCUCUGGGAUGGUCGCAAGAGGUUCGUACUCCGUCAAUAGCCUCUUCACUGACGACGACAAAAACGUUCACUUGCAAUGGGAAUGGUGCUUCGACAUCAAAAAGGAUUGGAAGGAUUAAGCUUGGCUGUAUUAUUUUUAUGAAAAGACCGACUGGGUUGGGCUCUGUUUUUAGAUUACUCUGUGCCAUAAAUAUCGGUAUAUCACACUCUCUAGCGGAGUAAAAACCUAGUUUUAUACCUCAGGCAUAGCGAACAAUGAGAUGUAUUCAAUGAAGUUCAAUUUUAUUUUAAUCGUGUGCAAUUUCCAAUAUGGCGGACGAGAUUUGGCGGGAAACUAGUGAUGUGGAUGUGAUUAUUGUUACUAAAAUACCUGUAUCGAUUACAUUAUUCAUAUUGUGUACCAUGAAGUUUAAAACUAAGAACAAAUGAUUGGAAAGUACUACAAAACGCACAGUAAAUAUUUAUGCGGUGGUCUUGUCGAGCCCGACUCAGUUGCAAGUGUCGAUAAUGGUGGCUGACUGAGAAAACCUAUUGACAAAUUAGUGUAAACGCUUCGUCAAACAGAAAUCGGGAACGCGAUAGAACGUUCGAGAAAUCCCAAGACAUUUUUAGAUUAUAUCGAGGUGAUAUUAAAUAGUUGGUGUAGAUUGUUAAAUUGCGAUGUUAUCACAACUAAUAGAAGUAUAUUUUCAUACUUUUUCAUACAAAUAAUAAUUGAAUGUACAAAUGUAUCGCAUCUUAACUUUGAAUGUGAUAUGUUCAACUCGGACAUGGAAAAAGAAUAAACUUUUUCUAUAAACCUUUUAUUCGUGGUCCGCCAACUAUUUGACGAAGCCGAGUCAUUAGUAAUACCUACAUAUACAUAACAAAAUAUAUAAUUAUGUGAUUAUUAUAAUCGUGAUGAUUUUAUUUCCUAACGUAUGUACUUUUCAUACAGAUUUUUACUAAAGUUAGCUAUCCAGUGAUAAUAGAGAACGUAAUGACAGACCUUGAUAAUAAAUUCAAUUUUAGAAAUUACUUACCGAUAUCUAUAGCCUUAAAAUUAUAAUAGAUUUUCAUAUAAUUAUAAUCUGUAUGAACUAAGGGUCGCACUAUGGUUUAUCGUGUCACAUCACUACAACUGUCAAAAUCUCGUGAUAAACCACAGUGUUGCCAGUAUUUUGAAUACAGUUUCUAUUUAUAAAAUAAUUCGUAGUUUGUAAUACAAAAAAAAAUGCAAUGUAUUUCCACAAUUUUUCGUAUGAUACAAAUUAAAAGAUGUAGCAAUAUUAUUAUUUAGAUUGUAAUUAUUAGCUUAUCGUUAAUUUAGUUGUGGUCAAUGCAAUUUGUCGUGACAACUGGCGAUUCUAUGGAAUAUCUUAAGUCAGUUCACUGUCAUCCUUUAGUCGGCACUGUAUGCUUACACCGGCAUUCCUACAAGCAUUUUUGGGCCAAGCUAACAAUUUUGGUGUCAUUAGUUUCCGUAGAUUAUAAAUACCAAUAGCUAUAGAUGUUAAGACUCUAUUCUGAUUGAAUUAAAAAUUUACGCAGUAUUAUCUAUGUGUAACUAAAUUUUGUAUAAUGGACAUUAAUGGCUUGUCCCGCCUCUAGAAUCCUGUUGAGGGUUGUAAGAUGAAAAUAAUACUGCUGUGUUGCUAUUCAUUUGGUGUUAAAAGGUCCGAUUCCAAAAUGUAUCAUGUAUACUUUUAUUUUUAUUUUAAAUAAAAUAUAAAAUUGUC